AUUCGAUCGAUCUCUCUUUCUAAUCGCUUGAAUCUCAAUGUAUGUGAGCAAAACUACCCUACUUAUUUCACAAAAUGAAUGAAAAUUGAGAAGUUAAGGACAUUGGGAAAACUCAAAAUCUACUGGUAUGAUAAAUAAUUGAUGGCUAUGUUGACUUGGAUUAAAACGUGGAUGAAUUCAGUGGUUACAGAUCAAAUUAUGCACAUGGCAAAAUUCCAUGGGCUCAUUUUAGAAAGAUGGAGUUCAAUAGUGUUCACUAUAGCCCAAGCCAAACCCAUCGGUCUUGACGCCACAGGCUGCAAAGCCCAAUCUAAUCUGCUAACAAACCACCUUCUCCGGUCUCCACCACAAAUAAAAAAUCUUUCAAAAUAAAAGCGAUAAGCUUCUCUUCCCCUCUUCUUCUUCUUGCUCUUGUCUUGCCACUACGAACACACGCAUUUACUUCAAGAAACAGAGCAAAACCCUUCACCUAAAUCAGAUAACAUGUUCUCGCUCAAGCUUUGCAAAAGCCACCAUAACUCACCCUUCCUCUCAAACCCUCAUCAACUUCAACAAGCAGCAAGAACUCAAAGUGCCCAUUUUGCACCAUGCAAAAUACUGAGCCCCCAUAAAAGAAAACUUGGCGUGAGAGCAAGUAGCAGUGGACAAGGAGGAGAAGCAGCUGAGGAGAAAAGCAGCGAAAGACGACCUUUCCUAACCCUAGAAGAAGCUGGUCUAGUAGAAAUAUCUGGUCUCAGCACUCACGAGAGGUUCCUAUGUCGUUUAACGAUAUCGUCUUUGAAUCUGCUGAGAGUGAUAUCAGAGCAAGAAGGUUGCCCAAUUGAGGAGCUAAAUGCUGGCAAGGUAUGCGACUGGUUUGUGAAGGACAAGCUGAAAAGAGAGCAGAACUUAGACUCUGCUGUCCUUCAAUGGGAUGAUUCUUCCGAGUUUCUCUAACUAAACAAGACUUUGUAAAAACGACAUCCAGUUUUGAAUAAAACGCUUGCACGGCUUAAUUGU